UUUAAAAACCCCCAUCGUCCGAUUUUGGAUGACAGAGAAGAUACGAUAGCCUAUAGUGGGGACUAUUUUAUCGCCUGUCGCGCUUUCUGCACCCCUCCGCUGCGCCGCGGUGGGAGCGGCUGGAAUAACCUUGGUGUGAGCCAGUUGAGCGGCUGGAGAGAAGAGCGAGAGGCUGAACAGUGCGGCGGCGGAACAUCAGCAAUCGCUGGCGUGAACAUGGCGGAGACCGUACGCUCGCUCUUCGACUACCGGGACCCACACAGCCUGGACAGCGACGGAGAAGGCGUCAAACCGGCACCGCCACUGCGAGGGCGCGGCUGUGGAAGGAAAAGGAAAGGGACACCCGUGAAAGUCUUUGUUACACACACUGAGGAGGAGAGCGUGCCUGAACACAGCUUCAGUCAAGGUGAUCGUAAGGAGGCAGCAGAGAAUAAACGGCCCACACUGGAUGGGCCUUUCUACAACACAGAGCCUGCACCUAACAACUGCGGUCCAUCAGAGCAGGCUCAUGACAAAGUCUCCACCGGGUCCAAGACCAGCUCCUGCUCAGCCUCUACACCAGCUCCAGCCGCUUCCUCAGCGCCAACCCCAACACCGGUCCCUGCUCCUGCCCCUGCCACGGCGACUUCAGCCCAUGCUCCGUCUCUGACUCCUGCGUCCACAGCUCCGGCAGCUCCGACAGCCUCUGCUCCGGCCCCAACAGCCAGCUCCUUCCCUCCAUCCCCCAACUGCCGCAUCCGAGAGGUCCACUGUGGCAGCCAAGUGCGGUUGGUCGUUAUCGCUAUCCGAGACAUCACCAAGGGGGAGGAGAUCACUGUGGACUACAGUCUGACAGAGUGGGGAGAGAACCUGGGUUUCCGUGGUACUGUGUCUCCAGCGCAACACGAGUGUAACUCUGACACUGAGAAUAACAACAAUAUCAAAAAGGAGGAUGAGCCCCUCUCUCUGACAGCCCAGCAGCGGCAGCAACAGCAGCAGCAACAGCAGCAGCAGGAGUACGUCACCCCCUCUUGGUCCCUCUCCCCCUCCUCCUCCCCCAUCUCCCACUCUGAUGCCAGUGAUUCAGAUGCCGGGGAUGAGGACAACACCAGCCCCCGAGGGCGUGCACUACGUCGCCGCAAGAAACGUCGUGGCACUCCUUCAAAGAAAAAGACCCCCCAUCGGAUCCCACCUGGGCGGCCACCACCGGUCUCCCCUGCCAGCGUUCCUCAUCACAACCGUCCGCUCCCUUCAUUCCACCCUCCCGCACAGUCCUCCCCUCCCUGCUCGUCUUCUUCCACUUCAACUAAGCCUUUGUUCAAAGCUCCAGCUCCUUUGGGCUCCAACAGCACGAGCAACAUCAACGCAGGCGUCCCCAGAGGAGGAGUGUCCAUAGACUCCAUGCGACAAACAUGCGAGUACUGUGGACGCCAUUUCCGCUCCCUGGGACGCCACUUAGACAAACACCACGCCCACCAACCAGAGGUGUGCUCUGCCCUUGUUGAGCGCUACACACAGAUGCCCCGCCUGCAUGCACAAAACACAAAUCCGACUACAACUCACACCACACACACUCAGCAGCACUCGAGGUCGUCACAGGUCUCGAUACAGAGCCGCAGUUCUGAUCUUCCACAGAGUGGCGUCCAGGACCUCUCUAUGUCUCCACCCAGUCUCACAGCAGCCAACCAAUCCCCCGCCUCCUCUGGAAGGAACUCCACCCCACCUGUGCUGAGUCCUCCACGAGGACAGAAUGCAGUGCCGGUGUCUGUCUUAAAGAGGAGCCCACCCCCUGUGGCUGUGUCGCAGUCCAGGAAGGGAGCAAUGAGGAGGCUUAAGAAAGACAGACAGGAGGAGGAGGACGAUGAUGAGGAGGACGAAGAUGAAGAAGAUGUGGAGGUUGUGGAGGUAAAGAGGCCCAAAGAAGAGGAGGAUGUAGAGGUGGUGUGUCCUCAGUCCUUCAGCAGCAAGUCGGCCAAAGAGAUGGAGCCACCAAAAGAAGAGGAAGAUGAGGAGGAUGAGGAAGAAGAGGAAGAGGAGGAGAAUGGAGUGAUGGAGGUGGAGGAUGAAAGUGGGACAGAGGAUAAGGACAAAGACUUGCUGAGUAGUUCGGGGCGUCACCACAUGCUGCCUCUGCUCUCGUCCUUGUCCUCUCUGGUGCUGUACCUUCGACGGCUGCAGCACUCAGCCUUCCUGUCCCUUUCUCGGCAGCUGCAGUCAGCCGAGGCCUGGCGCCUUCUCUGCCACUCCAGCUUGGCUCUCCUAAUCCUGUACAACCGGCGACGUGAGUGUGAGGUCUCCAAGCUGUCCAUUGCUGAAUAUCGGGCCCGUGUCACUCCCCAGUGUCCUGUUCCUGUCCCACCUGGCGCCCCUCCAGCUCUCACCCCACUGGAGGCCUCUCUGUCCCCCUUUGAGCGCCUGGUGCUUCCUCAUCUCCCGAGAGUUGGGGUCCAGGGUAAGCGUGGACGCGUCCAGCCCCUCAUCCUCCCCCCUCACUGCGAGCCAUGCCUGGAGCUGCUACUGCAGACACGGCAGGAUGUAGGAGUUGACCCCGCAAACCCAUAUGUCUUCGCCAGGCCCUACCACUCCCCUGCCACACCACUGCGAGGCACUGAUCUCCUCCGGAGCCUGGCCCGCUCCAGUGGUACCCGCAAUCCCCGUGCCCUGACCCAGACCAGGGUACGGCGCCAGGUAGCAAUUCUAACCCAGCUGCUGCUUCUGGGAGAAGGAGAGGAACCUGGGCAGCCAGGAGGCAGCGCUGUGGAGAGGCUGGAGCACUUCCUUGAAAGGGAGUACCAUGUGACACAGAACUGUGCUGGAAUUGGCCAAGACCCAGGCCUGAUGGGCAGAGUGGGCCGAGUCGUGCUUUGUGGAGAGAGGGACGGAGUGCUGUUCAGAGGAAUGAGCCUGAACCACAUCUGCCUGGAACUGGAUGUUAUGUCAGGAAACUCUGCAGACUCAUACUCAGAAGGAGAGUCUGAAGGGGAGCAGGUGAAGGAGAAGCCAGAGGUGCCCGCUCUUGCUCCUGCUCCUGCUCCGAACCCUACACCUACCCUGCUGUAUGUCAGGAAGGGCAAGAACAACGGGCGGGUGGGACGACCAAAGAAGCUCAAAAACACCCAGCCACCCCCUCUGCCUCCUCCACCUCCACCCGCAAACCGCAGGAGAGGCUCAGGUCAGCCCAAAUCAGGAAAGCGAGGCGUUCUGAAGCGACCCUGGUCAGAGGCGGAGCGUGCAGCAGUCGAGGAGCACCUAACCCGAAACAUCACAGAGCUCAGAGUCCCUGCCAAAGCUGACUGUGAGCGCUGCCUGCAGCAGUGUCCCCUGCUGGUCAGCAACCAUCGCGACUGGCGAGCCAUCAAGUUCUACUGCCACAACCGCAUUCAGCUGUUGAAGAAAAACCAGCGGCGUGAAAACGAACCACAGCCCCUCACUGUCUGUUGAGAGGGGGAAGUGUUCGAGGGAGGGAGGGAGGGGGACUGGAAGAGGGACGUCUGUGGAGCAGCUGAUCAGAGCAGAUUCUCAAAUGGUACCCUGCUGCCCAGGAAAUGCACUAAUUUUGAGAGGACGGUCAUAAAUUUGUUUGUUUUUGACAUGGCUUCUAAUUUGACAACUUUUUAUUUUGAGCCAAACAGGAACAGAAAUUUCAAUUCACUAUUUCGCUGCUCUACUUUAAGGUCUUAAAAAAAUGACACUAGAGUCUUUAUGGUGCUCCUGUUUUAAGGGUUACAGCGCAAGUCUUGUCAAAAGCAGUGCACUUGGAUGGGUGCCGUUUGAGACAUGCCUUGGGGGACUUCGGAGACCAUGGCACUGGCCGCAGCCUGUGUUGUGUUGUAUAUGGUUAUGUUUUUCUCCUUCCAUAACAGAUACACUAAACUGAAGUGUAAACAAGGGAGGCAACUGAGCCCUACAGUGUUGUUAUAUGAACGUCGUGAAGUAGCAUUAGUGUUUUAUGCACUUGGAGACGUUAAUAGGACAAAUGGCCUGUGCCUGGGCCACACUUUUCUUAAUAGUGGCUUGAUAAUUAGAGUAGGCCUAACUAACGCUAACCUAGAAGAAUAGCCUCAAACAAGCUAGUUCCUCUUUUCAUACAGCUGACUGUGCAGUUCUGACUUUGGUUUCAAUAUAUUUGGACCUUAAUUUACAUAUAAGGUACUAGAUGAGGAAUGAGUUACGCUUUUGCAGUUACUAUGAAGUUUGUUUGUUUUUUACACAUUACGAUAAUUUGUUUUUGAGUUGUGGGUUUCAUGACAGAAACAAUUAAAUGGCAUCAGAAUGUUAUGAAGUUACUUUUGAAUACCUAAGAUGGUUAGUUAUACUACAAUGUCCAAGAAACAUACUCUAAGAACUGUCCUCGUUCUUUUUCCCAUAAACAGACACUCAAGAUGUCGACAGCUACCAUUUCUCCCUGAGGAACAGUAUGUUCAUGUUUCCUAUUGUUUGUUGUUUUUUCUGCCUGUUGCACAUUUGUUGUUCAGAGAAGUAAAAAAAGGUGCUAUAGGCCAAUAAGCUGGAUAUCACUUUAUAUGUGGAGAGGAGAUUUGCCAUGGUUGUGUUCAAAGUUUCUUAAAAAAGUGGGCAUUUAUCUGAGAAGUGAUUGUUAUGUGUCGCCACGUUUGUUGCAUUGUCUGUUUCGUCUUCCCCAAUGGCUAGAGCUCCUUGUGUCCUUUCCCAGCCACACUACAUGGUUUGCAGCUCGACCAGAUUUUUGGUUUCUCUUCAGUGUUUCUGGAAAUCUGCGUCCAUUGGACUAAAACCUCCAUGAAACCUCAAGACAGAUACUUGAAGUUAUUUAAACCUUUUGCAGAAUCUUUAUGUUCUUUCUUGCUCUAGCCUUGCCAGUUACAUUGUACAUAACAAAUAUAUUAUCAUUAUGCUAACUGGUUGUUUGUGCUAGACUAUAUGUAGCUUUUUUUUCCAUUUCUGAGUUAUUGCUAUCUGUACAUAAGCCUGUUUGUAAAUACUCCUCAGAGAAACAAAGAAAAAACACAAUGUAUGACAUGCCUUGGUUAUUGUGUUAUGUUUUUUCUUUUUUUAUAAGUCUUAUAAAAAUUUAAAGCUC